AUGGCGCCUCCUUCAAGAUCCCAGCUGCUCAGCUGCUUCAUAGGAAGCAACAUCGUCGCGCUAGGCGCGGGAACCCCCUACCUGUACAGCUUCUACGCGCCGCAGCUGCUGGAACGGUGCCACAUCCCUGUAUCCCAGUCGAGCACUCUUUCGUUUGCGCUGACCAUCGGCUCCGCUGCUCUCGGUUUCAUCGCCGGUCUUGUGAUCGACAGGCACUCUCCACAGCUCUCGUGUGGUAUAGGCGCGGUGUGUACGUUCCUCGCGUAUUGGAUCCUCCGGUUUUGCUAUGUGCACGAGAUAGCUAGCAUCAUGCUGGUAUCGCUGGCCCUGGCCCUGGUCGGGUUCGGCUCGGUGUCGGGGUUCUAUGCGUCCGUGAAGUGUUGCACCACCAAUUUCCCGCGCCAUAGAGGUACUGCGGGCGCAUUUCCCGUCUCGCUGUACGCGUUAGCAGGUCUAGUGUAUUCGUCGCUGUGCGCGUGGCUCUUUGGAGACCGUAUGGACGCGGUUUUCACGGUCCUGAUGUAUAUGUGUUCGGCAAUGAUCCUUACCGGGUGCUUCACCUUGAGGAUCAUGGUGGGACAUACUCGCCCAAAAAAAAGGAGGCAAUCUUCAGUCAUCGACACCAGCAGCUCCUCCAAUGUGAGAGUAAACCAGGAGUCCAGUAGCGAGCAAUUAGCUCAGCCAAUAUUCAUUCAAAACAAACCCGCGAAAAGCGCAUCUCGCGGCUCGUUCGGAAAUUAUCAAGCGAUGAGCAGCAGGUCGUCGUCACAAGUAUCGGGCUCUGUCGAAUCCUUCGAUUCCCAAAACUCAACUUUCAAACGAACCUCUUCAUUUGCGUGGGCCAGGGACCUUCCCGGCUCUUUGUCUUUUUGGGGGUUUGGCCGGGUGCGGCCAUCGGACACCGACCUCAGCCGUGCUCCAAGGGCUUCUAGUGGCAGCCUUUCGCAACUAAAUGCCGAACGAUCUGGCCAGAUACCUGCCAACUUUUUAGAACCAUCCCAAGCUCCCAGGUCACCGGUAACUGCUAGUAGACGCGAUUCUCUGCUAAAAAACUCUCCACCUCCCACCCCCUCUGCUCCUGCUGAGCCAGAUGUCUUAGUUUUUGAACCAAACAAUGUUGAAAAGUCUACCUACAAAGACAGUCACCUCUACCAAACAAUUACGAAGCCAAAAUACGUUGCAUAUUAUCUGAUAUUAGCUACCCUCCAAGGUAUUGGGCAGACAUAUAUUUAUUCGGUCGGUUUUGUCAUAGAAGCCCUUGUCCACGCGAAUCCUGACGAGAAGGUCAACGCAAAAGCGAUACAAUCUCUUCAAGUCUCCAUUAUAUCUGUAAUGUCUUUCGCGGGAAGGCUGUCAGCGGGACCUGUUUCGGAUUUGCUUGUCAAGAGAUUAAAAGCCCAAAGAGAGUGGUGUGUAUUACUGGCAUGCGUACUUAUGUACUAUGGGUCAAACAAGCUCCUCUCAGAUACAGUGACCAUCAAGGGCAUGCUGGGGCCGCAGAGCAUUUCAUUCAUUCGCAAUGUUUCUCUGACUUCGCUCAUAAUCGGCUAUGCGUUUGGCGUCACUUUUGGAACUUUUCCAGCUAUCAUAGCUGACCAAUUUGGUACCGAAGGGUUUAGUACAAUUUGGGGCCUAACUACAACUGGAGGCAUUAUAAGCGUGAAACUGUUUUCGGGGAUAUUUGCUAGAGACUUUUCCAAUAACACGGAGCCAAAUGAGGCUUUCUGUGAGAAGGGAACACUAUGCUACACUCAUACAUUUCAUGUGCUCGCACAUUUGGCAACUGCCGUUGGCGUCGUGAGUAUAGCGUUGAUCUUUGUUAGAUAUAUGAAGAAGAGAUUUAAGGGUGAGCGCAUGCAUCAUGCUGCUGAGUUUAUUAUCGACGAAGACGCAGAAGCUGGGAGUAAGUAA